AUGUCGUCAAAGAAGAAUACCAUGUCGUUUGACAAGAGGAAUACCAUGACGUCAAGGAAGAAUGCCACCUCGUCAAAGAGACACACCAUGUCGUCGAAGAAGAAUACCAUGUCAUCAAAGAAGAAGAAAGGACGAAAGCUUGAAAUUGUGUUUGAUCCUGAUGCUAGAAAAGACCAUCUGCGAGGGUUCUCAGAACGGAAAAGGGAACGGAGGGCCUUUGGUUUGGCCAUGCAGAGGGUGAAGGAUCGCAAAGAAAAAAUUGAGCAACGAAAACAGGAAAAGAAAGAUGACCUAGAGAGAGUGCAAGAAGCCGAGAGACAAAAAGAGAUAUUGUUGGAAGAGGAACUUCUAAAUGCGGGAGUAUUGAAGGACGGUGACGAUGAUAACAACUCACAAGCAAGUGUGGAUAUCAUAAAAAAAUCAGUUGAUGCAAAAAGUGAGGAUUUAGUAGUGAAGCAAAAGAAAUACGACGACGAGCAAGCCGAAAAGAAGUGGGGAGGCCGUGUCACGGUUACCACAUCCCUUAUAUCGUUAGAUGAUCUUAGUGAUGAUGAUGACGUAGAGGAGACUCAAAGUAAGAAGAAAGCAGUCGACCAUCAUCAAAGGAAAGCGGGAGAUGUGCAGAAGUACCUCGAUCAACUGAAAGCAAACAUGCCCGGGAAACGGAAACAGACGAGGCGAUUGACGACGAAGGGAAAGAAUGGAGCUGCCGACAUGAGGGGCAUGGGUGGAUCCUCGAAUCUUAAAAUGGCUCAAAAGGUAUUGGGUAAGGCUAAAGCAAGAGCUGGAGGAGGCAAUUUUACAAAGAAAGGCAAAAAGACAAAAGGGAGAAAAUAA